AUGUCGCUCUCCCAGCCGACGCCCCCCCUCCUCCUAACGAAGCGCCUCACGGCCUUCCUCGCCGCCAACCUCAACGCCCACCUGCACACGGCGCUCCUCGCGACCCCCUCCGGCCGCCUCCUCGCCCACGCCUCCCCGGAGCCCGUCUCCCUGCUGCGCACGCAGGCCACCGUCGCCUCCUCCCUCUUCGCCCUGCACGCCUCCACCGCCCCCGACAUCCCCGACGCGCUGCCAAACUCCUCGUCGUCGCCGCCGCAGUCGUCCGCCGACAAUAACAAUAACAAUAACAACAACGACAACACCACCACCACCACCACCACCACCAGCGCGACGGCCGGCGGCGGCGGCGCAGCAGCAAAAGCAGGCGCAGGGGGCGCGGGGAAACCGCUGACCAUCACCGUCCAGCUCGCCGGCGGCGUCGUCGUCAUCCGCCGCCUAAAGUGCGGCCUGCUCUUCGUCUGCAUCGGGCCCCUCGCCGAGUCCAUCGAUCCGAACGCCCCCGAGCCCGCCCACGGCCUGCACACGCAGCACCACCACCAGCACCACCAGCCCAACGGCGGCUCCGGCGGCGCCACCCCCGCCCUCGUGCCCGCCUCCCCCUCCGAAGCUGACAGCGUCCUCAGCGUCGGCGCGCAGACGACGACGAGCCUCGCCAGCGUCGGCAGCGUCAACACGGCCGGCGUCGUGGUCCUGCGCCGCCACGCCGAGGACCUGGCUCGCUGGCUCGACGACAAGCUCGGCAGCCUGCGGGUCCCCGAGGAGGGCGUCGGCGUCGAAUAG